AUGCACACAUACGCACGCACAUACAUACAUACAUGCAACCAACAGGUCGCCAUUGACGCCUGGACUGUCCGUCGCGGCGAAAUCUCGGGCAUAAGGCCUUCCCUUUCUGCCGCUGCCUUCCCUGGAGUGCCCUCCGGCAACCCGCCCUCGGUUAUUGUUAGUUAUACCAUCAACGGUACCUACAACCGCCCGGGAUACCAUUUCGGCUACGCCAACUGGGACUCCCCAGUGUGGCGAUCCACCGGGCUCUACGCGCUGCCGGGCCAGGCCAUCACCGUUACCUUGUCGACCUUGAGUGCCGUGGGGAGGGGGCUGCAAGUGCAGAUCGGUGCCCACACGGACGACCUGACCGGCAAGGCGACCUGGUACCGAGUGCCCCAAAUCGUCAAUCGCUUUGACUUGAAUACCACAAUAACCUCCGCCGCGAACCCCCUGGGGGGUCUGGUGUUCAUUUUGGUUCCCGUGGGAGCUACCCUGGGAAGUGUGCAGAUUACCAUCGGGGGUGCCAUUCGGGCGCCGUACUUCCGUCUGAAUGUAACUCAGCUGAACGAUUGGAACAGCACCAUCCGGAAUUACCCGGCGCCUUGGGCCGAGCUGGACAGUGGGAAGUUCGUGCUCAUGCUGCCCUCCAGGGUUAUUCGUAACAUCACCAACCCAGUUCCGUUGCUGGAGCACUGGAAUCUGGUCAUGAACCACAUGGCGAGCCUUGCCAACAUAACCAGCGCUCGAGCACGGGAGGAGCGCUUCCUGGUGGAUGCGGACAUCAGCGCUGGUUGGAUGCACUCGGGCUACCCUAUCAUGGCAGCUGACAUGUAUGUAUGUAUGUACAUACAUGUAUGGAUGCAUGUGCAGGCUAAGGGCGCAUGGGGCCCCUACCACGAGCUGGGGCACAACCACCAAUGGAGCGAGAUGCAGUUCUCCGGAACCACCGAGAGCUUUGUCAACCUCUUCACCGUGUAUGUGCUGGAGAGGACUGGUGUGCCCCCAACGGCCUGGGCCAACUGGGACAACGUUUCACCGACGGGGCGUGCCGCACUUCGCGCCAAGUAUUUCGCCGAUGGUGCUAACUGGGCGCGAGACUGGAACGUAUGGGUAGCUCUGGAUAGCUACCUGUCGCUGAAGGAGGAAUUUGGCUGGAUCUUCUACCGCAGGCUGUACAUUGCCUACCAACAGAUGCCCCUACCGCUUCCGGCCGAUAACGUGCAGACCUGGAUACAGACGAGCAGCAAAUUGGCUGGUGUCAAUCUAGUCCCGUUCUAUCAGAAGUGGAAUUUCACUGUGACCCAGGACACCAUCAAUGCUGUGGCCUCUCUGCCAACUUGGACGAGCAACCCCUUCAAUGAACAAGGAUAUAAUUGAUCCAAAAUAGCUAUUGCAGCAUAUAAUGAUGCUAACCAGCAGGGAAUGAAUACGUGUCUUCUUUCGGUGGACAUACAUGCGCGAAUUUACACGUGCAGAUGUGGAUACAAUUCGCGAGACGCAGCCAACAUAUAUAGCUAGGUCAACAUGUAUACGCAGCGCCGUAAACGCUGCGUCGCGACCUGUUCCCAAGCUUCUUGCAUUCCAUCGAGCGACACAAGCUUGCUGGCCGCGGGCUUCAUUCCUCUUACAAACCAUGGUUUCAUUGUAUACGACGCGUACCCCCUCCCCCCGCCAGCCAGUAGUCGUUCAUGGUGAAAACCUAAAAGUAUGUAUGCGCUGCAGUAGCGGGCCCGAACUGCUGAAUAUUGUACGAGGGAAGCUAGGUCUGAAUUUGCCUCCGUUUCGUACAUGUGAUUGUGCAGUACUAAUAGCACGUGGUAACGAACCAACCAACCAUCAGCAAAAGGAUGACGUUGGCCGAACUUUCCAGCGGCUGAUGAUGCGUAACAAAUCAUCAUGACUCGCACUGGUACCCAUUUGUUUGGCCACGUAUGGUUUUAUGUAUUAUUAGUUGUGCGUGCACACGCGUUUAAAGACCAGCUUAGCCUCCGUGGCCCCCGGCAACUUGGGAGGCAACUUUGCACCCAUCCAAAUACGCCGUAUUUUACGUAGCAGUAGUACACGGCGUCAUCAUCACGGCCGCGCCUCAUCACACUGUGGGUGCGUGGGGUUGUCGAAUGGGGGGUAGUAUACCAGUAUAUUCAUGUACUGCUUGCUGAACACAUCCCGUGGAUACCACCCCUCUUCUUCCCAUUGGCCGAUUGGGAAACUUGGGGCGCUGAUGGUCACUAGUAGAGCUAUAUACCUCUUGCUUGCUAUACGUGAAUUAGAUCUUUAUAUCGAGAAUUAGGUAUAGCUAGCUCUGAUUGCGACCACGUGGCCGUGGACGAUAAUGCGAUCGAUGCAGCGGCGAGCAGUGUGGCGAUUGGAUUGUUAUCGAGUCAUCGAGCUCGAGUGGUGAACCUGGUUCUCGGAUUGCAGCAGGAGGCAGUUGUUCUGAAUCGUGGACUCCUUGGAUAGGGGUUUUCCUCAAUAUAUGUAUGUAAGUAUGUAUGUGUGUGCGUAUGAUGCGUAGCUGGUACAGUGACCAGGUGGUGGUGGCUGCGGCAGGUGGUGAGUAGGCGGUGGCACGGGCAUUCACCGCGAGCGGUGAGGCAGCCACAUACACCAUCUGCAUCGAUCUGCACGCAGCAACCCUGUGGAUGCACGGCUGGUCGGUGGACGAGAAUUUAAAACAUAUAGUAUACCUGUGUGAAUAAGGUUAAUUUUCCGGAUGAGGAAAAUAAAGUUGUUUGAUGAUACGGAUUUGACAAGAUGGGUUAUGUUGAUGUUGUUUGCUAGAUAAAGGAGAAAGCUGCCUUGCAACGAAAUAGGAGGAACGACAUGUAACUGACUGGAUGAUGGGCACGCUAGCUAUUGAGGAAUAGGGCGCGGGCUGGGACCAUCGGUUUGCAUUCAGCAGCGUGAUCCGCUGACAAACAGCCGUAAAAGUUGGCCUAGGGUAGGGGGCUGUAAGGCUCUGCAAGGGGAGUAUCCUCGGCCGCAAGUCGGCAGCUCGCGCACCAAUAAGUCGAUACGUAGACCCCGAACCGGCAGAAUUGUAAUAUUUGUUUGGUUUUCAAUAUCAAUUUCUCCAGGCUGUCUAAUCAGGUCCGAACUCGUGAAUCUGCCACGUGAUUUACAUAUCGGAAUAUG